AAGGAUCCUAUGCUCGCAGCCCAUUGCCGCUCAGCGGCUCGGAAGAGAAACUGGCGGAUCAAGACGAAGUAAACUCGUGGCCUUCCGAGUCGGAGGAUGCUGAAGCGACGGAGGUUGCGGUAACUUCGGGCAGAGUCUUGGUCAGUCCAAGCCAUCCGUGCGAGACGUUGCGCUAUUGCAGACAUUUGACGCCGUCUAGAGGCUUCGCAUUCCGAAAUAGCACGAUGUCGAGCUCGAUUGAGCGGCGGAACGCAGUGCUGGGGGUGCAAGUGCGGGUCGCGAUGUCGAGCAUCCCGCCCUCACGGGCACAGCUUGGCUUAGCGAUAAGCAGCACAAAAGAGCGACGGAGAGAUGGCUGGAGGAAGUUCGAUUGCGUCUGAGGGCGGAGAUGCGGGUGGAAAGGCUCGAAGAGGAGCUUGCACAGACGAAGGCAAAGGUAGAGCGCAUCGAGACCAGCUACAAUGAGGAGAAGAUUCAAGAGAGGGAGCGCUUCGAUGCUCUCGCCGUAGAGCUUAGCAUCGCAAGGUGCCAGAUUGAGGAUCUGCAAGAAGACCUGGACAGCGCAAGUGCCGAGCAAGAGAUACAAGGAAAGACGGACAAAGACUACCAGAACCUCAAAGAUGCCAUGCUGCGCAUGUGGCUCAGCACUCCAGAGUCGAUUCGUGAUGAGAUCCUUGCAACGACACGUCACGUAGCUAGCUCUGAGACCUCCCGUUCUUAAGGAUCUGCAUUGAACUUCUUUUACGCAUGUAAUUGUCUGUUCAAGACGAAACCCCCAAAAGUAGGUGCAAGUCGCGACCGAAUCAUGAUGUUUAUAUCAGCGAG